AUGCUAUAAAAUAUAUCACAAAAAAGAGAGCAAUUUAUUAUAGGACUUAAAAAGAAAGCAAGAGAAGAAACAUUCAGAAAAAAUAGAUUUCCAUAAUCUAAAGACAUAAUUCCAUUUGUUUCCAACAAUAUUAUUUUAUAAUAACCAUAUUAUGAGGCAUUUGAAAGAGGCAAUUAACAGGUAAUUAAGUUAUUAAUUAUAGAAAAUCAACUUCAUGAAUGAUAAUAUUGAAAUAGAUGAAACAUUAGCAGAUUGUAUUUUCAAAGUUUAGUAAUUAACCAAUUAUUAUAAUGAAUAUGAUUGUGAACCUGAGUAUGAUACUACAAAAGAUGUAGAAAGAAUAUUUAAAGUCUUUAAUAUAGGAUAUCCAUAAAUUGAUGUAGAUAUCAAUAUUAUUUUUAGAAAUCUUGUUUACAUAUAUUGUUAGCCAUAUCUGCAGGAAAUCAUUAAUAAGUUCAACCGAUUCAUGAACAUAUAUAAAUGCUUGCAGGUUAUUAUAAUUCAACUUACUAUACAGAAUUAUAAUAAUAUAUUUUGGAUAUCUUUGCAAAUAUAGCUUGUGAUUGUUAUCAAUGUAGAGAUUUGAUUUUAGUACUCUAAGUGCCAAAAUGUUUAUGGUACAUUAUAUAAUCAAUAGAAGGAAUUAUACACUCUAAUGUAAACAGAAAUGCCUAUUUGAUGACUUUUAUUCUUUGAUUAUAAAUUUGGAUAGAAUGAAACCAGAAAUUAAUAAAUUUAAAUUAAUAGAGUUGCAUGAUAUAUUGUAGGAUCUCUACAUUUAACUCUAUAAUGCUAAAGAAAAAUUAUGGAUUCUCAAGAUAUUAAACAGAAUAUAUUCUUAUGACAAAUCAAAAUUAGAUUUGAGUUUUUUGAAUUAUCUAUUGAAAGGUGAUUAUGAUGAAAUUUAAUUAUGUGGAGAAAUAUUUAAAUAUUUUUAGUAUGUAUCUUUAUUAGGUAAUAUUUGUAUUAUUAUAAUAGAUAAUGAAAUUACAUUAAAUUUUCAAUCUUAAAUGGCACAUACUAUAAUAAAGACAAUUAAUAAAUAUAUUGAUUAAUAAAAUAUUUUAAGAGGAGAAUUAAAAUUAUUAAUAAAAAAAGGAUUUGUUACAUUAAGUAAUUUUAUUACAGAUGAUCCAUAAAUUAUAAAUGAAUUUUGGGAAGAAAUCCUUCCAUAUAUUCAAAAUAUCCCUUCUAUAUUUUUAGAGGUGGAUGACUUUUUUUUGUUUCUCCAUAAUGUAAUCAAAUUUUCUAAGUGUGAAGAUUUAAUAAAAUUGAACAAAGAUUAUAAAUUGAUUAAGUAAAUAACAUAAGAAUUGAAUGAUUUUUGUGAAGAAAGAGGUAACUAAUUUUUAUAUAAUAUUCUUUCAAUCUUAUACAGACUUAUCAGUUUAGAUUAGGCUAAUAUGAAAAUAUUUAAUGAAGAAGAUUGUGAAUCAAGGAUUUUAUUUGUAUAAAAAAUGAAAGUUUCAGAUGAAAAUUAUGAAUUAGCUAAUAUGAUUCUAGAUAAGCUUGAUUAAUGA